ACGAUGGCGUCGGUAGCUCUCACAGCCUCCGUCAACCUAGCGUUCCGGUCACUCCCCAUCUCCAACCCACGUCUGUCUUCCAAACAAUCUCCGCCGUUAAAUCUCCACAGAUCGAACGCUCUACGCCACCUCCGGUCGUCUUCUUCAUACACUCAUACUCUCGCAUCUCGCUUGCCAUUACUCAAGCUCAAAUCACCGAAUAGGAACCUCAAUUUCACUAUAAAAGCAUCCGCAGCUGCAGCUCCGGCUCCGGCUCCGGCUCAACAGGAUCCUGCUCCGGCGCCGGUGCCAUGGCAAGGAGCGGCGAUGAAGCCUCUGCUUGCUUCAAUCGCUACCGGUGUUAUCCUCUGGUUCGUUCCUGUACCAGAAGGAGUUUCUAGAAACGCCUGGCAAUUGCUUUCGAUAUUUCUGGCAACCAUCGUCGGAAUCAUCACACAGCCUCUCCCACUCGGAGCUGUCGCGUUAAUGGGACUAGGUGCGUGUGUUCUCACCAAGACACUAACAUUUGCAGCUGCAUUUUCGGCUUUUGGCGAUCCGAUCCCUUGGUUAAUUGCUCUUGCCUUCUUCUUCGCCAGAGGAUUUAUUAAAACGGGAUUAGGAAACAGAAUCGCUUACCAAUUUGUGGCCUUAUUUGGUAGCUCAUCGUUAGGGCUUGGAUAUAGUUUGGUUUUCAGUGAGGCUUUGUUAGCACCAGCCAUUCCUUCGGUUUCCGCAAGAGCCGGCGGAAUUUUCUUGCCCUUGGUCAAAUCUCUAUGCGUUGCUUGUGGUAGUAAUGUAGGUGAUGGAACUGAACAUAAGUUAGGGUCGUGGUUGAUGUUAACCUGUUUUCAGACGUCGGUUAUUAGCUCAUCUAUGUUCUUGACAGCUAUGGCUGCCAAUCCCUUGAGUGCUAAUUUGACGUUUAAUACCAUACAGCAGACGAUUGGGUGGACCGAUUGGGCUAGGGCUGCAAUCGUGCCUGGAAUUAUUUCGUUGAUUGUAGUUCCACUUGUUUUGUAUAUAAUUUAUCCCCCAUCGGUGAAGAGUAGCCCUGAUGCGCCUAAGCUUGCGAAAGAGAGAUUGGAGAAAAUGGGGCCUAUGACAAAGAACGAAAUCAUCAUGGCAGGAACUCUGCUUCUUACGGUUGGCUUGUGGAUAUUUGGAGGGAUGCUGAAUAUUGAUGCCGUAACAGCUGCUAUUCUCGGACUGUCUGUUCUUCUUAUUACUGGAGUCGUAACAUGGAAGGAAUGCUUAGGUGAAUCUGUCGCGUGGGAUACCCUUACAUGGUUUGCUGCACUCAUUGCAAUGGCUGGCUACCUUAACAAAUAUGGUCUCAUCUCGUGGUUUAGUCAAACUGUUGUCAAGUUUGUUGGCGGAUUAGGUCUUCAAUGGCAAGCAUCUUUCGGCAUUCUUGUUCUUCUGUACUUCUAUUCCCACUACUUUUUCGCAAGCGGCGCUGCUCACAUUGGUGCCAUGUUUACCGCCUUCUUGUCGGUUGCCAGUGCCCUUGGCACACCACCUCUAUUGGGAGCCAUGGUGCUUGCAUUCCUCUCCAACCUCAUGGGUGGUCUAACCCACUAUGGAAUUGGGUCAGCCCCUGUGUUCUAUGGAGCAAACUAUGUCCCUCUGGCUAAAUGGUGGGGCUAUGGGUUCAUCAUCUCUGUGGUCAAUAUUAUCAUCUGGCUUGGAGUUGGAGGAGUCUGGUGGAAGUUCAUUGGCUUGUGGUAGACCAAUUUGCUACAAAAUUCAGAAAAUUUCUGACUUCUAGUGUGGUGUUUAACCAAAUCCUUUGCAUCUGGUUUCAAGAUUUUUUUUGCAAGGGUUCUUGCAAAUAAUUUUUGUAUUUGUUGGAAGGUUGUGUAGGUUAAGAUGGCAUGGUAUACAGGUCAUGAGGCCAAUUUAUAUUUGAAGUUGGAAUUUGUAUUAAACUUUUCUAUAGAGUGAAUUACAUUUUUAGUC